GCCCAGUACGAGAACCCGCCCCACAUCUAUGCCCUGGCCGAUAACAUGUACCGCAACAUGCUGAUCGACGGGGAGAACCAGUGCGUCAUCAUCAGUGGGGAGAGCGGCGCUGGCAAGACCGUGGCGGCCAAAUACAUCAUGAGCUACAUCUCCAAGGUGUCCGGCGGGGGCCCCAAAGUGCAGCACGUCAAGGACAUCAUCCUGAAAUCCAACCCGCUCCUGGAGGCCUUUGGAAACGCCAAGACCGUUCGCAACAAUAACUCCAGCCGCUUCGGCAAGUACUUCGAGAUCCAGUUCAGCCGGGGCGGGGAGCCCGACGGGGGCAAGAUCUCCAACUUCCUGCUGGAGAAGUCGCGGGUGGUGAGCCAGAACCCCGGCGAGAGGAGCUUCCACAUCUACUACCAGCUGCUGGAGGGCGCCUCCCCGGAGCAGCGGGAGAACCUGGGCAUCACCAGCCCGGAUUAUUAUUACUACCUCAACCAGUCGGCGUCCUACAAGGUGGACGACAUGAACGACCGGCAGGAGUUCCACGAGAC